AUGGUUGAUCAGUCUUGGACAGUAUCGAUAGAUGCAGAUCCACAUACUGCAAGGACGAAUCCCAAUCGAACCACCAUGUACCUCGGACUCGUUAACUUCCAUUUUCUUGAGGGCGUUGUAGUAUAUCAGGUCCACAUAGCUCCCAGUGUCAAUCAUGAUUCUGGACAGUUUGCAGCCUCCUAUAUCAAGGCGGACUAA